AUGGCUUCAUGGCUGCAGUGGAGGAUGCCAAACAAGCGCAAGUCGGUGAUAGGGUAUACUGUGGCGGCAGUUCUUGGCGUUUGGCUGCUUUCCGGUCUGAUCAAGUCGUGCACAACAGCCUUAAGUGUGCGAGUCGCGCAUGAAACGAAACAUGCAAAUAACAACUUCGAGGGUGACAUGUCACCGGCUGCUCGUUGUGCUCUUCACUGUGCUGCCACGGUCAUAAGUGGCGCGGAUGCUGCUGCAAAUCGAACAGUUGGAGCUGCUCAAACGUUUUGCGAGAGGAUGAUGAAAGCUUCUUGCGCUGCGAAGGCGUGGCAGCAUGAGCUGAUUUUGGUCCUCGGGAUCUUUUGUGAGACGCAUAGCAGGUUGCUCGAUGCAAGGCCAUGUCGUGCUACGCUCUUGCUGCUCAUUCGGUCGCAGGCUGGCGCGUUUGUGCGUGCAACCAGGCUCCAGCUCUGCAUGUCACAGUUGUGUGGAGAUGACGCUGCGUUUCUGAGAGAAGCUUCAUGUCCAACGUGCCUGGUUCAUGACUGCCUUGCAGCGCUCGGCACAUUCCUCGAUGCCAGCCACUGGAGCCAUGUCGCAGUCAAUCCAGUUCGCGCUGUACUCCACGUUGCAACUGCCGAAGACUGCAAGUUCAUCCGAUAUCAAGAGGGCCUUCAGGUAUCCCACCCCCUCCCCAGCCCCUCCCUCGCAAUGGUAUUCACCCCGUUCAAAGAGAUCAGUUUCGCUUACGAAGUGCUGAGCAACCCGGAAAGACGCCGGGAGUAUGACGAGAAAGGAGACAGGCUGUUCUACACUGGGCCCCCGUCAUCUCCUGAAGAACUCGCGGAAAUGCUGCUAAGAGGUAGCAGCUUGGGUGCUGGACGAAGGAAGAGCAAGGACAGGUUUGUGGCGCUGCCGGUUUCCUUGGAGUCGUUGACAGAUCUCAAGAAGUACCUGAACUACAAAAAGAAGGUUCUUGAAACGGCAUCGAAAGCCCACCACGUGCAGGAGGAGCUCACGGUCUUCAUCGAACGAGGUCUAGAAGUGGGGGACUUGAUCGUGGUCCUCCACGAGCUAGAGCACCCUCGUUUCAGACGGCGAGAUGCCGACCUCUUCAUGAAACUGGACAUCAGCCUUGCAGAGGCCCUGGUCGGCUUCAAGCGUGUGAUUCAGCAUUUGGAUGGGCGUCGGCGGCUACGGGGGGAGCCCAUGGAGCUGGCGGGGCCAUGUGUCAAGGCGAUGAAGGAGCAGGGCAUGCCACUGAAGGGCAGGCCGUUCAGCUAUGGAAAUCUCUUCUUGGAGAUAAAUGUCUGCUUUCCUGAGAAACUCGAUGUCGCAGUCAUCUCUCUCCUCGAUAACGUGCUUCCACGGACUGAACAUCUCGCCGAAACGGGCGAGGUAGAGGUCUACACUUUCGAGGAUGCAGACCCUUUCUGUCACGACUUGCAGGCUAGCUGUGGGACCGGGCCGCGUGUGUUCUGA